UUUACAAAACUUGCGUCCAUUCAACUACUCUAUUUGCUUCAGAUAGACCCUAAGUGUCUCUCAGAAAGCCAUCCCAAAAGCAAUUUGCGGGGAAAUUACAAACAGAUGGUCAAUAAAAUAGAGCCACAAUGUUUCAAUCCCACAAAAAUGAUUUUAUAUUUGAAGCGAGAAAAAUAGGACUAAUUAGUUGCUCUUUCUUCAUCCACUGCAGCUUCAAGUUGAACAUCUCAACCUACUACUGCAAGAACUCUAUUCUCCUCUUAAAUAUCUUCUUACUUAUGAAAUGAGAUCAAAACUCAGUUUAGCGCUUGCAAAAGAUUAACGUUCUGAAAUAUGAACAGGCUUCUUUGGCUUCCAGAAUCUUCAACAUUCCAGCCUGAAUGGAAUCUAUAUGAUGUCCAAAACACAUUCUUCAAAUGCAUCAGCUGGCAAGUGGAAGAAACCUUGGAGGCCACGAACUGCCCUUAUCACUAUGUCUGCGACAGAGCGUACCCUGCAAAUUUCCCACCAGCUGUUGAUGUCUCGGUCCUCCUCUUCACAUCAGCUUCUUAUCUUGUGACCCUUUUCAUUGUGAUAAUGGAUUUGAGUUCAGGAAGAAGAGGAAUAAGAUCCCCAAACAGAUACUUACUACCUUCUGGUCCAAUUCUCCUCCCUAUGAUAAUCUUAGCCUUUGCUAAAGGCUCUCAGAUAAACACAAUAUUCCCUCUCUCUUACAUGGGUCCUCCAAUUCUUCAACUUGUUCUAAUAUCUGCAUUGUCCUUUGACUACGGAGCUGAUAAGGACAUAAAGUACACUUUUUUUGCAGCAUCCACAGUUUCUGGGAUUCUUCAUGCAAGCCUGUACUUGGAUUCAAUUGUGCUGCCUUACUACACAGGUUUUGAUGCUCUGGUGUCUUCAACAUUUUCAGGUGAGUGUGAGACAUGUGUGUGCAGAAAAGAGGCUUUGGUUGUGGGAGGGAAGCUAGUGAGGUACAGGGGCUGGUCUGUGACCACAUUUUUGGUGGUGGGUGUUCUGUGUUUGAGGAUUUUAUGCAAAAUAGUGUGUGAGAAUGACAAUGGGAAACUUUUGAUGCUCAAAGGCUUGAUGGAGAGGCUGAGUUGGAUAUCAAUAGCAAUUGAUUGUGUUUAUCUGACAGUGAAAUCACCACCAGAGAGAGGAUUGUUGAGAAUUGCUGCUUUUGGAGGCAUUUUGGUUUUGAUUUGCCUUCAUGUCCUCAAAGAGGCAUGCACCUACGUUUAUGACAUGGCCAAUGUGGCGGAAAAUAGGAGAUGGCUAUCCACUCAAUCGCUAACAAAAUAAUCAAAUCGCACGAAUGAUGAAGAACCGCAUGAGUUUUUGGAUAUCUGAAGGCUGAAGCUUACUCCCAUUGUAAUUAAAGCGACUUCCAUACAAAAUGAAAAAAGGCGAGACUCACAUAUGACUUGUUCUUUUACCAAAAAUAUAUAAUUGUUGCGGAUAAUUGCUGAUGGGUCAAUUGAUGAGAAGCUGCUACAUGUGUUUCGUCUUGUUCCA